GCUGAGGCCAUUAACAGUACAGCUGGACUGCAGAGGGGAAGGGGGCGUGCCACGCAGCAUUCAGGAACCUCAACCAUAUUUCAUUGGAAUGGCUAAAUAACAAUUUUUUCGAUUCAGUUCUUAGAAAGUUAGUCCGUUUAUUCAUCAGCAACAUUUAAAGUUUUUAUCUUUCCAAUGAAUUGCACAAGGGUCCUCCACAUGUUGAACCCCAGGCCAAUGCCAGGUCCUAUCAUGCCAGUAGAUGUAGCCAUGAGGAUCUGCCUGGCAAGCUCUCCGCCCCUCCGCAGCUUCCUCAGCACGUACGAGGACUGCCGAUCGCGAAACCUGGUCAACCGCUACAAACCACUUAGGCCAUGCAUCAGCUCCAAGCAGCAGGUAGAGGCCUCUAGCCUGGGAUGGAAGAGUCCCAAGGCCAUGGGAAAGAAGCGGGUGGUCUUCGCCGAUUCAAAAGGCAUGUCCCUAACGGCCAUCCACGUUUUCAAGGAGUUUGAGGAGGACCCACUGUCUGACCUGCAGUUUGACCUGUCUGACCUGGCCAAUGCCACUGCCGGCCUCAAGGUCUCCGUGGAGAAAAGUUUUACUCUGGAUUUCCCUCAGCCCGCUGCAGAUUAUCUGGACUUCAGGAACCGGCUCAAGAAGAACCAAGUGUGUCUGGAGAACUGCACACUCCAGGAACGGUCGCUCACCGGCACCGUGAAAGUCAGGAACGUAAGCUUUGAGAAAUCGGUCUCCAUCCGGAUAACGUUUGACUCGUGGAAAACCCACACGGACGUUGCUAGUACGUACCUGAACAAUGUGUACGGUUGUUUGGACACUGACACCUUCGCUUUCACCGUCGACCUGCCAAGUUCUGUGCCCUCACAGGAGCGUGUAGAGUUUUGCGUAUGCUUCGCCACCCAGGAUCAGACGUACUGGGACAACAACGAUGACAAGAACUACAAGUUGCUCCACAACGACACAGACACAGACCAGACCAGCAACCCCAUCAUCCAGACCACCACACCAGUGGAGUUCAAGGGAGACGGCAAGAGGCCGGAGAUGGAGUUUGACCAGUUUGGGAGCCCGAGGACGUCCAGUGGAUUCUUCCCUGAAUGGCAGAGCUGGGGACACAUAGAGAAUACAACCCCAUACUGGUGAAGCAACAACAAGGCCUUUAUGAGAAAUCCACAAGCUGCUCCAACAGCAUCAACUCCAAUUGCUUGAUGUAAGAGGAGUGACAACAGAACAUUUAACAGCUGAUGCAUGCCCCCCCCCCAACAGUGAAGAUAUAAGCACAAUCUGAACAGUGAAGAUGUUAAAGGUCUGCGACUCACAAAUCAACAGUUAAGGUCAUUGUGGGGCUUUAGAAUGGGCAUGUUUGUUUUGUCAAAAUCCUUCUGUCAAUGAAAGGUUCAGAAUAGGUUUCUCUUCAUGUUUGGGGGUAUACAGGAAGGUACAAAAAUCUAUAAACAACAGUUUGAGCCCGUAAGUAUCCGUUGUUGUCAUCCAGUUAACACCCUAAUCACUGUGACCAGUACUCAACAUAAAGCAUUGUGGUAAAAUGCCAUCACAGCCACACAAAUAUAACUAGAAUUAACAACAAAUAGCAAAGGGCAUUCAAGGUUCAGUGAUAUCUAGAAAUUGGUUUAGACUUUAAAAGUGGACACAAUUUUUGUAUUGAACUAAAAAAUGUGGUAAAUCAUGAGUUGUCGUAACAUAGAUGCCUUCCUUUGUAAUGUUAAUGUGAUUGUCCGUUAAACUGUUAGUAAUCUCGGCCACCUGCCGGCUCACUCUCUGUCGAGACUACUCUAUGCGCCAGCAAUUCGAGCCUGGGGAUGAGGUUAAACUGUUUGUAAUACAAUGGCAUUACUUCACCACCUGUAUACACAGCGAGUAGGGACUGGAUUCAAUCCGUAUCGCGUAAGAUCUGUGUUAGAAUUUAAAGGUCAUUUCCGAUUGAGCCGACAUGCAGCGUUUAUCGUGAAUGCAGUCUCCACGAACACAGGAACAUUGCCUUUAAAUUUCAAUCGUGCUAUAACUCGGAUCUUCUGCGAUACGGAUUUAAUCCAGCCCUAUAUGUACAGAUUUAAUCCAGCUCUAAAGCCUUUUCAAAAAGAGAAAGAUAACUCCAGAUUUGGGAGUCUGCACUUUAGGGAAUAUUUUCAAAGGAGGUUUAGCAUUUUGUACAUGGAGAUCUGUUUUGGUGAGUUUAUAAAUACAGAAUUAGCUUUACUUGCCCUGUAAUAGAUUGAACUAUUCCUUGCUGUUAGACAUAUGGUAAGCCACCAAAAUGUCAGUAUAAUGUAAGUCACCCGAAUGUUGACAGACAUUGACAGUUCGAGAGCAGUCUUUGCACUGACCGAAAUACAGUAUGCCUUUUUAAAUGUGAGUGUGAAAGAAUGAGACGUUGAAAGUGGAAUGAUUUGGUACAACAUGACGAACUUCAUAUUGAAGUUGCUUCAGUGUUUCAUAGCACCGUUUGAUUGAAGACUUUCAGGUAAACAAAAAAAGAAAAGCAAUACAGGUAAAUAUGCAUGACUAUACCCCAGCAUAUUAUCAAUUAGGUGUAAGCCUAAAUGGAUCACCUACCUUUUUAUUUUUUUUUGCACAAGUUUUCACACAUACGUCCAUUGCAAACACAUUUUAUGUGCUCUUCCUAACCUUCUCUUCUUAAUGUUUGCUGCUACUGUAUGUAAGUGCUGUUCUAUCUUCAAUGUGUUUCAUGGACCCGUGGUAUGUGAAUGGUCUCCUAUGGGAAGAGAAUGAGGGGAGAGUGGGGAUGUUAUUUAAGGAAUGUACAACUAAGUAAGGGAAGUGUUAAAAAGGGAAAUGAAUGGAAACGAGGUCAGUGUUAGAGGGCUAUGCGUUGGGACUGAGGCUUCAGCGUUUACCAGGAAGUGGUGAACAUUGUUAGCUGCUUUGUUUUCUUGAAGUGUAAAUAAGCAUGAGGCAGAAUGCAAAGUGCUAUGACACAAGCCAUGGUGUCUAACCUCCAGCAUCUUUUUCUACUGCAAGGAAAGGUCUCUGUGUGUGAAAUGGUUUACUGUUUUCUGUGUUCCUUUCAGAAAUAAGAAAUAAAAAUCUAAUGUUUAUAGUG